GACGAAGGGUUCACGACCGUUCCGUCGAGCGCCCUGGAAAUAAUGGCGAAGACGAUGGAGGAAAACGCCGAGUCCAACCGCACGAUGGAGGCCAAGAUCAGCGAGAUGGUCUCCACCCAGCGGCGUGCGAUGUCGGAGAUCGCGAAGAUAAAUAUCUUGGAGGCUAAGGUCAUCAGCAUCGAGAAUCAGUUGGCCAUGCUACCUCAAGGUGCGACGCAGAACGACCUGGUCAUCCAAUCCCAGAUCCGCAACCUGGCGGAGUCUCACAAGAGGGACAUGAUCAGCAUGCGAGAUGAGGUGAGAGCGGCCACAUCGACGGCGACAUCAGCGGCUUCGAGUGGAGGACGACCUGUGAAGAUCUCGAGGGCGGCGAGUUCGGCGCCAACGAGUCGGGUCCCGCUGGACGACGAGGCUGAUGAUAAACGUAGGUGGAUCUGUGGUUUCCCAAGGGCGUUGCUGUCAUCCGCGAAGGUGGCCCAUUUCGAACAGUUGAAGUCCCACGUUAAUACCCACAUGGCCGAGGUUAUGACGGCCAAGUUCGCGAGAAUUUCCCAGAGCUACAGUGUCCACUUCGAGACUGCGGCUCAGGCGAGGGAGUUCCACGACUACAUGAGUGAGUACCCGGUGCGGCGGCGUGACACUCGUGACCAGUCGAUGCACGACAUACGAGUCCGAGCAGACCUACCUGGAGACGUCCGAGGCCGACAGCGACAGUUGGGGCGAGUAUGCAUCCCAAUGAAAGAGCUGCUGGUGAAGAAAGGAGUCUGGUCACAGAACGUCAAGAUGGGGGCCGCCGGGUUUCGCAACGAGUUCUAUUUCAUCAAGGAUGGCGACAUAUGGAUUCUCUUUCGAGGCACAGUAGAUCCGUUGCACAGGCUGCCGGUGCACGCCACGGACGACGUCAAUAAUCUCAACAUUGGGCAGGAGGACAUCGACAAGAUGUUGAAGCUGCUCAAUGAAUGGGAUCUCGCGCAACCAGUUCAGUUCAGAAUUCAGAUCGCGACGUGGAACGCCCGCGCCCUGUUCGGCUCGCUGUACUCCGACGUUGCGAUGCAGGCUCGGACCAGAGCAACGGUGCAGUCGCUGUGCGCCAGCUCCGACGUGGUGGUGCUCCAGGAGU